AGUUCGAUGUAGCUCGAAAGGAAAAAACUCUAAAGUUUGGGUUGCAAUCAUGAGGUUAGGGAGGUCUUGUAACUGAUCCUGCCUCAGUUUUUCCUUUUUUAAAAUGGCUGCCACUCUGGACCCUGCUGAGGUGCUUCAUUCUUCGAGAGGGAGAGAUAAUUUUCAACGUCUGGCUCGGCUUUUGAUAAGUGGAGGUACUGUACUAUUGAGGGAGGUUUUUGACAUCAAAUCUCCAUCAAGUAAUCUUCCUACUAUACUUCAGAAUCCAGCCAUGAAGAAGCUACUUAAGGCAGCAAAGCUCACCAAACCACAGAUGGACUGCCUGUACCCUUCCCCUGGGAUGUAUGGAAAGUCAACAGACUUUGAUAUAACUCUCCUUUUCCGGUUGCUAAGGACAAUAUGUGGCCUCACUGCUCCUGUCACAGGCUGGGAUGCACUACCAGCAAGUACAGAUGACAGUUUAGAAGCAUAUUUAGCCAGAAUAAAAUAUUACCGCAAUUCGAUAUAUGGUCAUGUGAAGGAGAACAUGGAAAUCUCAGAUGACAAGUUUUCAGUUCUUUGGGGAGAAAUUAGUGAGGCUCUGGUGAGAAUUGCAGGUCAAAUCAGUCCAGCAAAGGCAAAAGAAUGGCAAAAUGCCAUUGAUACAUUUUUAAAAGAUCCCCUCACAGAGGAGGACAAGAGAAAUGAGCAGGAAUUGCAAUGCUGGUACCAGAAUGAUACAGAAGUAAAGGAAUACUUUGAAAAAGUAGAAUCUUCAGUGAAGCAUUUGGAGAAAUACUUAGAACAUGAAGUUCGAGAACAAGCCCAAGAAAUUAAAGAUGAGCUUGGAGGGAAAGUAGAAUCUACAGCGCAAGAGGUUCAGCACCUAGGACAAGAGCUUCGAGAUGAAGCCCAAGACAUCAAAGAUCAGCUUGGAGGGAAAGUAGAAUCUUCAGUUCAAGAGGUUCAGCACUUAGGACAAGAGCUUCGAGAUGAAGCCCAAGACAUCAAAGAUCAGCUUGGAGGGAAAGUAGAAUCUACAGCCCAAGAAGUACAGUGCUUGAGGCAAGAGUUACGAGAUGUAGCCCAAGACAUCAAAGAUCGAUUAGAACUUGGUGGUCAACCCAAUUCCUCAGCUGGAGUUAAAAUUCGAAUGCAGAUUGAUUGUGAGGCCAUCACAAACCCUCUUUCACAACUAGAGACACCAGGGACAGUGGUUGUAGCCAGUCAGGGUACCCAAGCUUGUGGUGAUGAGCUGGUAGCUACUGGAACAUCAGAAGGAAUGCCUAAAGGCACACAAGAUACCCAGGCAGGAAGCCUUGAGAUGGUAGUUACUGGAGCUAAGCGUAAGGCAGUGGAGCUUGCUGCAUCUGCUGGUCUACCACUCGUGGGAAGAACAGAAAGCAUCGAAGAAGCAGGUGUUAAAACCUAUGUUGUACCCAACACACAAGGAGUUCUGGAUUUCAUCGCACACAAGUACUUUCAGACAGUUGACACAACCAAACGUGAGGAAUGAACUGAAUUUCUAGAGUAUUUAACAGAUGUGCGCAAGGUUCUUGUCCUGGAUGCCCAGUCAGGAAGUUUGAUAGUAACAGUCCUGUGUACUUCACUAGAGAUACUGGAUGCCCUGUGGU